UGGUGUGUGCGCGUCAUAGAUUACUCAGAUAUCAUCUCCCCACCACUCCCCACCUCGAUAAUGUCAUCCACUACAACCACCACCGUAACCACCGCCCUCGAUACUGCAGCAGCCGCGCCCAUUCGCACAAGAUCCAUGGGGAAGCCCGGGGGAGUGCUGUCAAAGAUACACACUGAAGAUUACCGCGAGAUCCGGCGGCGCCAGCAUCAACAUGCCGAUAUCGUCAUUGUUGGCGCUGGCAUUGUGGGAUGUGCGGCCGCGGUGGCAUUUGGGAAGCAAGGCCGAAGCGUCAUAUUAUUGGAGAGGAGCUUGAAAGAGCCUGAUCGCAUUGUGGGAGAGUUGUUGCAGCCGGGUGGUGUGAAUGCGUUGGAGAAAUUGGGUCUCAGAGAUUGCCUCGAAGAUAUUGACGCUGUUCCAUGUUAUGGCUACCAAGUCUCCUACCAUCGCGAACCCGCUCACAUUCCGUACCCUGCCAAUUUGACCGACAACUCUUCGCCUUCCAACCCUCCCGAGGGUCGCAGUUUCCACCACGGUCGCUUCAUUUCCAAACUGCGCGCCGCUGCUCGUGCCGCCCCCAAUGUCACGGUAAUCGAAAGCACCGUGAACGACGUCGUCAAAGACAGCUAUACAAACCAAAUUCUCGGAGUACAAUGCACAACUGCGGGCAAGCCGGAUUGUUAUUUCGGUGCCGUUACCUUGAUCAGCGAUGGAUACGCCAGUAAAUUCAGAAAGUCAUACAUAUCACAUACCCCCGAGGUGCGGAGUAAAUUCUGGGCUUUGGAGUUGAUCGAUGCUGUUCUCCCCAUGCCAAACCAUGGUCACGUCAUCCUCUCCAACGCACCGCCUAUUCUUAUUUACCAAAUCGGCACACAUGAAACCCGCAUUUUGAUCGAUGUGCCGGAAAAUUGCCCUUCUGCAUCACCCAAAAACGGUGGCAUCAAGAAUCAUUUGCUCAACGUCGCUAUGCCAAAUCUACCUGAAUGCGUGCGCCCCUCCUUCCAGAAAGCUAUCGAGGCCGGAAAGCUUCGUAGCAUGCCCAACUCGUUCCUCCCACCUGCUGUUCAGAAAACACCGGGCCUGAUCAUUCUGGGCGAUGCGAUGAACAUGCGGCAUCCCCUGACGGGCGGUGGCAUGACAGUUGCCUUCAACGACGUUCUCACACUCUCUCAACUCCUCUCACCAGACAACGUGCCCAAUCUCGAAAUGACCGACGAUGUGCUGAAGCAGAUGCAGCGGUUCCACUGGGAGCGCAAGUCAGCUUCAUCCGUCAUCAACAUUUUGGCCAUGGCGCUGUACGCCCUCUUUGCAGCCGACGAAUCAACUCUCACUGCACUUCAAAACGGAUGCUUCCGCUACUUCCAGCGCGGCGGCAAGUGCGUCUCCGAACCAUGCGGGCUCCUUGCUGGGUUGAUCAGGCGGCCGUGGGUGCUUGUUUACCACUUUUUCGCUGUCGCAUUCUACGGUGUGUGGUGUCGCAUGCUCGAAGGUCCCGUCUGGAGGAUGCCCUAUGUACUCCUUAUUGAGAGCGUCUUGAUAAUCUGGAAGGCAGCUAUGGUUAUUGGACCUUACCUUGUUGCGGAAGUUAGAUCAUAG